CCUGCCGCUUGCGCUGUCGACCCACGUCUACGUGGGUAGGGAUGGGAGUGGACAAAAAAAAAAAUAGGAGAUGAGCCAAGGGGGCGGAAGAAGUUGAUUCAGAUGUGCAUGGGCAAUCUCCCAUGGCCCCCUUGCACAAGGGAGAUACAAAAAGGGCCCAUGUUCCACCGAGUGCCUCGUUUCCCUCUCUUCCUCUUCCUCCUGCUCUCUCUUCCUCUUCUUCUGUACAUCCAUCCAUCAGAUCUAUCUCAAAGACCUCGGUCGUCCUACACUCUUUUAACUACCAGUCACUCUUUAAAAAACCAAGCACACGAAUUUCCCAAUCCUACGCUUCUUUCUAUUCUCUUUUUAACGACUCUUCGAAUUCGACUCUAGCAGUUCUUUUUCAAACACACAUACACAUUCAAGAUGCGUUUCUCAGUUGCUUCCGCUGCUCUCUUCGCUGGUGCCGCUGUUGCCAUGCAGGGCUAUGGCAACAACAACGGCUACGAACACCAGGGCUACGGAGCUGAGGGCUAUUCCACCGUCUACUCUACCAAGGAGGUCACCAUCACCUCCUGCGGCCCCGAGGUCACCGACUGCCCCGGAAGCCAAACUCCCGUUCCUCCAGUUCCUACCACCUCCGCCGGCGAGCCAGUCCCUGUCCCAACUUCUUACUCUACCGAGUACGUCACUGUGACCGACUGCCCACCAGAGGUUACCAGCUGCCCGGCCUCUUCCACCCGUGUUGAGACCAGCGUUGUCCCAGCUCCUACCUCUGAGCCAACUGCUAUCCCAACUGAGCCAUCCACCAGCGAGACCGCUCUCCCGACUGAGUCUGUCCCCACGGGAACUGGCAACCUCCCCAUCCCAGUCCCAUCCGGCACUGGCACUGGUGUCCCAACUGUCCCAUCCGGCGGUGUUCCAACUGAGAUCCCACCAUACCCAACCAACGUUCCCCCAAGCCAACCAUCUCCAAGCGUUUCUGUCACCUACAUCGCCACCUGCGUGCCAACUGUCAUCACCUCUACCGUCACCCUGCAGCCAACCCCAACCGUUGUCCCAACUGGCGGUGUUCCCGGAACUGGUGCUCCUGGCAUCCCAUCCGGCACUGGUGUCAUGCCAACUGGAACCGGUGUCUUCCCAACCACCGCUCUCCCAACUUACACCGGUGCCGCCAGCACCCUCUCCGGCUCUUACGCCGUUGCCGGUCUUGCCGGUCUCGCCGCCAUCUUCCUGGCAUAAAUUUCUUCUCUUCUUUAAUGACUCCCAUUAGCUCACGUCUUCCGCCCUCAAUCUGUCAUUUGGUUCCGGCGAGAAAUAAUAGCUACGGGGUAUUAAUUUCCUAUUUCUCUUCCUCUUUUGGCUCUUCUUGAACAUAGUGUGCAUGGCAAAUUAGAUCCACUCUAGACAAGAACUUCGAAUAUUUCGAUCGGGACAACGGCAUUUUGGGUUCUUCAUAGGGAGAUUUGUGUGCUUUGGUUUUUUAUUUCCUUUAUUGCCCUCCUUUAUUUGAUACGUGGUUAAUUUAUGGACUUUGCUUGAAAUUUCUCAACACUUUCCUAACUUUUACAGCUUACUUGCUACCGAUAUACCUCUUAGUAAUUUUUUCUUUUUAAUCAGUUGGAGCUGUUCUCGAUUUCCCGCAGUUUUCGCUCUCUAAAUUUGCCACGUCUAUACAUAAAGAGAGGUGCAAGAGCAAAAGAGACCAGCACACAAAUUCCCUGUUUCUCCUAUUCCUGUUCAAAAUCAAUAGGUAGGGCUCAAACAUCGUUGGGCCGGCCAAAGAAAUUCAACAUCACACUUUUUAUCUUUACCUGCAAUUAUUUCCUCUCUUUCCA